CUCUUAUCAAUCUUAUUUUAAUUUUUACCCGUGGCAGUGCUGUGCGAGCUAAUAAUAGUAAUAAUCAGCUAUUUUUAAUUUUAAACUUUCAUUUUUCCCAUCCUAAUUCCUAAGUUAGUUCGGCGGGUGUGCUCUAUUGUGACGGCAGCGUUUUUGGGUUAUCUAGGUGAAAAAUUACGUAAGAUAUACCUAAAACGAAUUAUUUUGUUGCAUAGCCUCAUGAGUUUACACUGAAAACCACCCAAUUAUUUCCCAACAUUAAUCCGUCUUCUCUCCAAUCUCUUGUGCCAGUGAAAAAUCUGGAAUCAACCCGUGAUGUUGAACUCAAGAAUCAUGUCCAGAUUUGGACCCAUGAAAUUUCGUCCUGUGGAAGUAUUAAAAGCCAUCCCCACAGCCUGUAAUAACCUGCAGGGCCGUACCUAUGCCGAUCACGUCAUUCCCGACCGACUCAAAGACAUGCCGACGAACCCCAAUCCGAGGUUCUUCGACAUGGUCGAGUACUUCUUCCACAAGGCCUGCGUUCUGGUUGAAGACAAGCUGGUGGAGGACUUGGGCAGAGUGAAGGGAUCCAGGUUGACUUUGGAACAAAGGAAAGCCAAAGUCAAGGGUAUCUUGACGCACAUGGAGCAGUGCGACCACAUCAUUGAAGUGGCUUUUCCCAUCAAGAGGGACAAUGGGGAGUAUGAGAUCAUCAAAGGGUAUAGAGCCCAGCACAGUACCCAUAGGACUCCAUGCAAAGGAGGUAUGCGUUUUUCCAUGGACGUAUCCAGAGACGAGGUGAAAGCCUUGGCCGCUCUGAUGACCUUCAAAUGCGCAUGCGUGGAUGUGCCGUUCGGAGGCGGUAAAGCCGGCGUCAAAAUAGAACCGAAAAAGUAUUCCGAACACGAAUUGGAGAAGAUCACGAGGCGGUUUACCCUCGAAUUGGUCAAGAAAGGAUUCAUCGGGCCCAGCAUUGAUGUGCCUGCCCCAGAUAUGGGUACUGGCGAGAGAGAAAUGUCUUGGUUAGCAGACACCUAUGCCAAAACCAUUGGUUACCAAGACAUCAACAACCAUGCCUGUGUAACGGGCAAACCCAUCAACCAGGGUGGUAUCCAUGGUAGAGUGUCUGCCACUGGACGUGGUGUAUUCCAUGGUAUUGAGAACUUCAUCAACGAAGAAAGCUACAUGCAAAUGUGCGGCUUGAAGACCGGCUGGAAAGACAAGACAUUCAUCAUUCAAGGUUUCGGUAAUGUGGGUCUUCACACCAUGAGGUACCUCCAUAGGGCCGGUGCCAAGUGUAUCGGCAUCGCCGAAUUCGAUGGAUCCAUCAUCAACGAAAAUGGUAUCGAUCCCAAGGAUCUCGAAGAUUACCGUGUUUCAAAUGGUACGAUUGUGGGAUUCCCAGGAGCCAAGGCCUACGAUGGGAAUCUCCUUUUCCACAAAUGCGACAUUUUGGUGCCCGCUGCUACAGAAAAGGUCAUCACCAAAGACAAUGCUGACCGAGUUCAAGCAAAGAUUAUCGCCGAGGCUGCCAACGGACCGCUAACUCCCGCCGCCGAUCAGAUUCUGAUCCAAAAGAACGUGCUGGUGAUCCCCGAUCUCUACGUGAAUGCUGGUGGUGUGACAGUCUCCUUCUUCGAAUGGUUGAAGAAUAUCAAUCACGUGUCGUACGGCAGAUUGACCUUCAAAUACGAGAGGGAUUCCAAUUACCAUUUGUUGCAAUCCGUUCAGGAAUCUUUGGAAAGGAAAUUCACUGAUGCAGGGAAGAUUCCCAUAAUCCCUUCGGUGGCUUUCCAAAAGAGGGUGGCAGGUGCUUCUGAAAAAGAUAUCGUCCAUUCCGGUCUCAGUUUCACGAUGGAACGAUCUGCCAAGGCCAUCAUGAGUACAUCAGAAAAAUACAACUUGGGCCUAGAUUUGAGAAGCUCGGCUUAUAUCAACUCUGUUACUAAGAUUUUCAACACCUACUCUGAAGCUGGACUCACCUUCUAAGUUACAACUUUUUUCAUUAUAAUAUAUUAUGAAGCUUGCAUUGUGUACUGUGAUUUUAAAGAUUUUGUAUUCAUCAUGGAUAUAUUUAGAUAAUCUUAUCGUUUUAACAUUUCUGAAGAUCCGUUUUGUUUAGGAGAUACAGGGCGACCAAAAUUUCAGAUUUAUUUCCAUGCUACUUUUUCGAAUUUUUAAUAAAUUCUAGAUCUAUCUGGAAAGCAAUAAUAAUUAUUCAUUUCCUCCAUAUUCAUUUAUAUUUUCCGCAUUAGGAACCAUUUCGAAUUUAUUAUCGGAAUAUGGUUUAUUUCAUCAACCGCUCAUUUUUAUGAAUAGGUGGAAAUAAAAAAUAUAAAUUCCUC